AUGCACAGCUAUGAUUUUUCAAUUUUCUUAUGCUUUGUGGCUGCAUUACUGUUGAUGAACUGCUCUGUAUUCGCCAAUGGCGAAUGGGUGACUUGCUCGGGAAUGGUACCGAUGAGGGACCGGGACGAUAAGAUAUCAAUAACGGAUUUUGGAGGGGUAGGUGAUGGGAAGACAAUUAACACGAAAGCAUUCAGGGAAGCUAUUUACAGGAUUGGGCAUUUGAACAGGGAAGGAGGCACACUGCUUUAUGUACCUUCUGGGGAGUAUUUAACUGAACCUUUUAAUCUCACCAGCCAUAUGACUCUUUACUUGGCCAAAGGUGCUGUUAUCAAGGCUACACAGGAUACUGGGAAUUGGCCAUUGGUAGCUCCGUUGCCUUCUUAUGGAAGAGGAAGAGAACUACCCGGAGGAAGAUACGUGAGCUUUAUCCAUGGUGAUGGAAUUCAAGAUGUGGUUAUUACUGGUGAAAAUGGGACGAUUGAUGGCCAAGGUGGUGUCUGGUGGAACAUGUGGAGGCAAAGAACCCUUCAUUUCACUAGGCCUAAUCUUAUUGAAAUCAUGAACUCCACAAGUGUAAUAAUUUCCAAUGUAACUUUCAAGAACUCGCCCUUUUGGAACAUUCACCCAGUGUAUUGCAGCAAUGUUGUCAUUCAAAAUGUCACCAUAUUGGCUCCUGCUGACUCCCCCAACACUGAUGGAAUUGAUCCAGACUCAAGUUCCCAUGUCUGUAUUGAGGACUCAUACAUAUCAACGGGAGAUGACCUCAUAGCAGUAAAGAGUGGGUGGGAUGAGUAUGGAAUUUCUUAUGGUCGCCCUAGUCAAGGGAUCACCAUUAGACGGGUAACUGGAUCAUCGCCAUUUGCUGGAAUUGCAGUGGGAAGCGAAACCUCUGGCGGAGUAGAGGACAUUUUGGUUGAGCACAUAAACUUAUUCAACACGGGGUUUGGCAUCCAUUUGAAGACAAAUAUCGGUAGGGGAGGGGUUGUAAAAAACAUUACAAUCUCGAAUGUUUAUAUGGAGAAUGUACGGAAGGGAAUAAAGAUUUCGGGCAAUGUUGGGGACCACCCGGAUGAAAAAUAUGAUCCAAAUGCUAUUCCUGUUCUUAAGGAUGUUACAAUUAAGGAUGUUUGGGGUGAAAAGGUUCAGCAGCCUGGUUUGAUUCACGGUCUGAAGAAUGCACCAUUUACUGGGAUUUGUCUAUCUAACAUCAACCUUCAUGGUGGCCCAAAACCAAGGAAUUUACCUUGGCAAUGCUCGGAUGUAAGUGGGGCUGCGGUUGAGGUUAGUCCAUCACCAUGUUUAGAACUUAGGAGCAGCCAGAAAAAUGGUAUAUGCUCAUCUUCCUUUUGA